GAGCAGCAGAAGUAGCACGUAAGAAUCCUAUUUCCAGCUGGUUCACUGCUAUGCUAUACUGCUUUGGUGGGGGAAUUUUAUCCUGUGUGCUGCUUGCAGAGCCUCCAUUGAAGUUUCUUACAAACCAUACUAAUGUUUUACUGGCAUCUUCAAUCUGGUAUAUUAUAUUUUUUUGCCCAUGUGACCUAGUUUGCCAGGCCUAUUCAUACCUACCUGUUCAACUCUUGGCUGCUGGAAUGAAGGAAGUGACCAGAACUUGGAAAAUAGUAGGUGGAGUCACACAUGCUAAUAGCUAUUACAAAAAUGGCUGGAUAGUCAUGAUAGCUAUUGGAUGGGCCCGAGGUGCUGGUGGUGCCAUUAUGACGAAAUUUGAGCAGUUAGUAAAAGGAGAUUGGAAACCAGGAACUGAUGAAUGGCUGAAGAUGUCCUUCCCUUCCAAGUUAACUCUGCUGGGGUCAAUUAUGUUCACGUUCCAGCACACCAAGCAUCUAGCAAUAUCGAAGCAUAAUCUUAUGUUCUUUUAUACCGUCUUUCUUGUGACCACAAAGAUCACCUUGAUGAUGACAGAGACUUCUUCUGUGACUCUUGCUCCUUUUGAGGAUACACUGAGUCGGGUGCUCUUCGGUUGGCAGAAGCAGUUUUCAUGGUGUGAAAAGAAAAGUGAAACCAAACCAGCUUCCAGUGGCACUGGUUCAUCGGUCUCAAAACCUACAGCUGAUGCUUCAGAGAAUGUGAAAAAGAAGCAUACUAAGAAGACUGAAUAAAUUUAUUUGAUGAGCUCUAAGGCAAAAUUUUCCUUUGUCCUAUCAGAUUGUGGUAAUAUUUCUAUGUAAAUGAUGUAAAAUAAGAUUAUAUAUAAGAAAUAGUGACAAAAAGAAAGAAAUUCUUUUUGUUUCAGAGAGACUACCAUUUUCUUGAUUGUAAUUUAGAGUGUUGGUGUGUAUCACGUGAAUUUAUUUUUCUGACAUUAAAAGUUCUCUUACGACUAUUAUUACAAGCUUUGCAGUGCUGAGUAUGGAACUCAUGGGUACUCUGCCACUGAGGUACAGCCCUAGCCCUUAAAAAGUUUUUAUUUUUAAAAUUUUGAAGCAGGGUCUCAUUACGUUGCCCUGGCUACUCUUAAACAUGGAAACCUCCUGCUUCAGUCUCCUGAGUAGCUGGGGUUACCAAUGUGCCCAGCUCUUAUAAUUAUUUCAAUAGUUUUAUAAUAAAAGAAGUAGACUUUUUUGGAUGUAGAAAAAGUGUAGCUAUUAUGCAAAAUUACAGAAGCCUAAAGCUUAAAAAGCCUAGGUAUUUUCAAAGUUUUAAAAGAUUUGAAUCUAUUUGAGCUUUAUUCACUGGAAUUAAGCUUUUAUUUCAUGUUACCAUUGUACUUCCUAGGUAUGGAAAACAGUUCCUGUUUAACUUUGAGCACUGACAGCAGUAAAUAUUUUCUAAAGCAGUUUGUAUUAAAAUGAAAAUAAAUUGCUAGUUACAUUGUUAUGUAAAUGUAAUUUUGCCCAGAUUAAAUGCAAAAUACCUGAAAUUUAAUUUUA